AUGUUGGUAAGAAAUGGGUAUCUCGGUAAGUUUCUGAAGAACUCUCGAUCAUUCAGUGUGCUGAAUUCUUCGGUACGCUCAGGUCACAACAAAUGGUCAACCAUUAAGCACGGUAAAGCCAAGAACGAUGCUGAACGAAACAAGAUUAACAACAAGUUUGCAAAUCAGAUAGCAAUGUCGGUCAAGCUGGGCAACGGUAUUACCGACCCAACCAUGAAUAUUAGAUUAGCCACAAGUAUUGAGCUAGCAAAUAAAAACAACGUCAGUAAGAAAGUUAUUGAGAACGCCAUUCGGAAAGCUUCUGGAAGCAGCGGAUCGGGUAAGGACUCGAACACGUCCGAGCUAUGUGUAUACGAGGGAAUGGCGCCUGGUGGGGUGGCUAUUGUGGUGGAGGCGCUUACGGACAAUAAGAACAGGACUAUAGGUCUGAUAAGAAGUGCAUUUAAUAAAGCCAACGGGUCAAUGACUCCAACGUUGUUUUUCUUCGACAAAAAAGGGUAUGUUACAGUGAUACCUCCGAAGGAGUUAGACUCUGAGGACAAGGUGCUGGAAAGCGUACUGGAGAUUCAGGGCAUUGAAGACAUUACGACCCUGCAGGAAGACGCAGAAGACUUAGAGUGUGAUACUGAAACUGAAACUACAGGCCCCACUUAUGAGGCGGUGACAGAACCAGCAAAUACCAACAAGGUGGCCGCCCUAUUGAAGGAGCGUGGUUUCCACAUCAGGGACUUAGGCAUCGGCUACAACGCCAAGCCGGACAUGGCAGUUUCCGUGCAAGGCGAUGAAGCGUUCGAGAAAUUACAGAAGCUGACCACCGCGCUCGAGGACAUUGACGAGGUAACGUCGUUGUACACAAACGCCAGCGACGCCUAA